AUGGCGGGUUCCAAGGGUAAGGAGGCAUUUCGUAGGCCUCUGCACCAACUCAAAACUCCGCUAGGAAAAGACUCAGCUCCGCUGAGUCUUUUCCCCUCGAGCCUCGCUCACCAUCCAUGGCAGCACCGCUUGCCCCUUGAGCUCCGCUCACCAAUCAUGGCUUCGACACCGAUCUCUGACUCAGUGCCAAAGUUUGGCAGAUGCUGGGUUAGGAGAAGUCAUCGGUGUCGUUUCCAUCUCCUGUGCUGGCUCUUUCUCUCAGACCACGUCUACCCAGCACAGUGA